AUGGGGCCUCCCAAGCCGCCAUCGAGCACCGCAGCCGUGGACCUCAUCUGCCUUGUCGAGGAGCUUCGAGAGCAGGAGUCCCGCCUCCGCACCGAGCUGUUGGAGCACAAGAUCCUCAAGGAGACCAUCACCAUCAUGCCGUUCAUCGAGACCGACGUCGCGGCUCUAGGCGAGAACGCGCACCUUCUGCGCCGAGCUCGACGCCGCCAGUACCAGCCAGCAGCGGGUGGUUGA